AGAGAACAGUCCAAAGACCACCAGAUGACAUGGUGUUUCUGGCGGCGGAGACGGCUGGUGGUGGCGCUGCUAGCGUUUUUCGGCUUCUUCAACGUGUACGCGCUUCGCGUCAACCUGUCAGUCGCCGUGGUCGCCAUGACAGAACCGGUGGAAACCAAACUCGAUAAUGGGACUGUUGUAUUAAUUCCAGAAUUCGACUGGAGUUCACAAACUAAGGGUCUGGUACUCAGCUCGUUCUUCUACGGAUACCUGAUCACACAGCUCCCAGGCGGCUGGCUCGCGGCUAAAAUAGGAGGUAACAGGGUGUUUGCGAUAGGCAUCGGCGCGACAUCUCUACUGACGUUGUUCACACCGCCACUAGCGCACACCAGCACUGGCCUACUGAUUGCUGUUAGAGUCGUCGAGGGAUUCUUUGAGGGUGUAACGUACCCAUGUAUCCACGCGGUAUGGUCCCGCUGGGCGCCGGGCCCGGAGCGCGCCCGCCUGGCGACGUUUGCCUUCAGCGGCAGCUACGCGGGCACCGUCGUGUCUAUGCCCAUAUGUUCGCUACUGGCUCAUUACACUGGCUGGCCUGGCAUCUUUUAUGUAUUUGGUCUAUCCGGUUUAGUCUGGACUACUAUAUGGUGGCUGGUCGUGAAGGAGUCACCUGAGAAGGAUCCUCAUAUAUCUCCGGCUGAACUCAAGUAUAUUCAGGAUUCACGAGGAACGCAGGCAGUAGAAGGAUCAAAGAUACGUCACCCAUGGGGCGACAUGCUCAAAUCUGCGCCGGUCUGGGCCAUCGUUAUGGCACAUUUUAGUGAAAACUGGGGCUUCUACACGUUACUUACUUUCCUACCUACGUUUAUGCAAGAUGUAUUCAAGUUCGAGACAUCUCAAACUGGUUGGCUAUCCGCCGUCCCAUACUUGGCGAUGGCGAUAGUACUGCAGGUGGCCGGACACAUCGCGGACUGGAUGCUGCGGCGAGGGAUGAUGUCCAGGACUAAUAUUAGGAAGCUGUUUAACUGCGGAGCUUUUCUGUCACAGACGGUGUUCAUGGUAGCUGCGGCGUACUCCACGUCAGUGACGGGAUGUGUCGUGUUCCUUACUAUCGCUGUCGGCCUCGGAGGAUUCGCCUGGUCCGGAUUCAGUGUGAACCACCUGGACAUAGCUCCCCCUCACGCGAGUGUACUGAUGGGUCUGUCCAACACUAUCGCCACCCUGCCCGGCAUCAUCUCCCCGCCGCUGGCUGGAGCCAUCGUUACUGAUAAGUCUGCAGACCAAUGGCGUAUAGUCUUCUUCAUAUCCAGCGCCAUCUAUCUAAUAGGUGCGAUAAUAUACGGACUCUUCUGUUCCGCAGAGAUACAACCGUGGGUCGUAGAGGUAGACACUGACGCUAGCUUCGACACAGAUGGCGCCUCCGUCACCACUUCACGUGGGUACGAUAACAAGGGCUUAGAUCAAAAUUCUGAAAUGUAA